AUGACUCACACGGGCCUUCAGAAAACCUUUGAUUUGCGCGAGUCGCACGAUCGGGCUUUCCUCCGGCUAUGUGCGAUGGGCCGAGUGGCGACGAAAGAGCUCGGGGAACGGUUCCUGUCCGCAUGGUCUCAGCUUCCAUAUCUAGCCUACCAGACUCUCGUGACUGAGCUGAAUAUCGAUGGCUUGGGCAAUGAAUGCCCGAUAACUGUUUACUAUAUGUCUGCUUUGUUCGGCAAGGUGCUGCAUUUGACUGCGGAUUGCUCGGAGGAGAAGCAGGUAAGUGCGAUUAAAUCUGUCAUGAUGUUUAUGUCGCGUGCAUACAACAGCAAUGCACGUCACCGAUCCGCGCAAGGCGUGAUCGUGGAGGUUGAUGUCCGCGAUCUUAUUGAGUUUGUUGAGAUUAAAGGUGCCGAGUUUGUUGAGAACCCUUCCAUCUUGGAUGAGUGCGAAAUUGAACUUAAUGAACAGUAG